CGGCUCCCCGCCGUCGCACCGGAGAGCGCGCCGAUCCUUACUUCUCCCCAGUGUUGUCGCUGGACGCUGCGCCACCACCCUAGCCACCGGCUCCUUUCCUCUCUCCCUCUGAUUUAGCAGGCAGGUGACAACUCGGACAUGUCUCGAGAACUACAGGACGUGGAUCUGGCCGAGGUGAAGCCUUUGGUGGAGAAAGGAGAGACCAUCACUGGCCUCCUGCAGGAGUUUGACGUUCAGGAGCAGGACAUCGAGACGUUACAUGGCUCCCUGCACGUCACGCUGUGUGGGACCCCCAAGGGAAACCGGCCCGUCAUCCUCACAUACCACGACAUUGGCAUGAACCACAAAACCUGCUACAACCCCCUCUUCAACUACGAGGACAUGCAGGAGAUCACCCAGCACUUUGCCGUCUGCCACGUGGACGCCCCUGGCCAGCAGGAUGGUGCUCCCUCCUUCCCCGUGGGGUACAUGUACCCCUCUAUGGAUCAACUGGCCGAGAUGCUUCCUGGGGUCCUUCAGCAGUUCGGGCUGAAGAGCGUCAUCGGGAUGGGCACAGGAGCGGGCGCCUACAUCCUGACCCGCUUUGCGCUGAACAACCCCGAGAUGGUGGAGGGCCUCGUCCUGAUCAACGUGAACCCUUGUGCGGAAGGCUGGAUGGACUGGGCGGCCUCCAAGAUCUCUGGAUGGACUCAAGCCCUGCCAGACAUGGUUGUGUCCCACCUCUUUGGGAAGGAGGAAAUGCACAGCAACGUGGAGGUGGUGCACACCUACCGCCAGCACAUCCUGAACGACAUGAACCCCGGCAACCUGCACCUGUUCAUCAACGCCUACAACAGCCGCCGGGACCUGGAAAUUGAGCGGCCCAUGCCAGGAACCCACACCGUCACCCUUCAGUGCCCUGCUUUGCUGGUGGUCGGGGACAACUCUCCUGCCGUGGACGCUGUGGUGGAGUGCAACUCAAAACUGGAUCCCACGAAGACCACCCUCCUCAAGAUGGCGGACUGUGGCGGCCUCCCGCAGAUCUCCCAGCCAGCCAAGCUCGCCGAGGCCUUCAAGUACUUCGUGCAGGGCAUGGGAUACAUGCCCUCUGCCAGCAUGACCCGUCUGAUGAGGUCCCGCACCGCAUCCGGCUCCAGCGUCACCUCCCAGGAGGGCACCCGCAGCCGCUCCCACACCAGCGAGGGCACCCGCAGCCGCUCCCACACCAGUGAGGGCGCCCGCAGCCGCUCCCACACCAGCGAAGGAGCCCAUCUGGACAUCACCCCCAACUCGGGUGCCACUGGGAACAGCGCGGGCCCCAAGUCCAUGGAGGUGUCCUGCUAGGCGGCUGCGCCCGCGCCCUGGACUCUGGUCUCUGUAGCGGCUCCCCUCCAGCCCCUCCCGCCUCUGCCUGCACCCUGCACUAACUUGGUAUUAAUCCAAAGCUUAUUUUGUAAGAGUGAGCUCUGGUGACGACAGGUUGGGUCUGUCUAGGGUGCCUCUUUGAUAAGGGUGGGCAGUGGGGGACCUACAGAAAGAGGCAUCUUUGUGUCCUGUUUUCAUUAACUAGUGGCCUGGCUGCCACUCUUUAACCCGCCCUCAGAGACACCCAGCUGCCCAAAACAAAAACCAGCAGCAAACACUUUGCAAUCCAGCUCGGGCUGAGCAGCUGAGCGGCUUCCAGGUUCCAACGCCUGGUGUGUCCCCAGCCCACCUACUUCCUGCUUCCUCUCCAACUGCAGACAGACUGGCCCAAGUCCUAGAAGCCACCCAUUUCUGACGAGGUGGAGUGUGGCUACUUCUUUUACAUAGGCAAAACAGGAAGGUAGAAAAAGAGGUGGAAUUUAGGUGGAGGCUGAACAUUAAGAAAAAUAAGUCCAUGUAAUUCACUUGAAGAAGUCAGCUUUUACUGUCAGUGCAGAUAUAAGCUUCUGAGGCACGGGAGCCUGUUGCUCUGGUCUCCUUUUAACAUACGAGGAAAGCCGGCCACAGACCCCGCUGUAUUUAUAAAACAGCUUGGGGUGAGUGCUCCUUGGCACAUGUCGGAGGCAUUAGCCCUGCCGUCUGCCUCCCCGGCAGCCCCUGCCUCCCCCCCACCUACGUGACUGAGUGAUUCUUUUUGUUCAUGGGGAACAUCUUUUAGAUUUGUAGCUCACGCUCUGGAGUGGAGGGAGACGUUUGGUCAGCUGUCCCUGGCCGUGAUGGGUCUCCAGGGUGGGGAGGGGGGCGGGAGGGGCCCCGAUGACUAGAAGUUAAGGGAUUCUAGUGGUUGUGCUGGGAUCCAGUGCCCUGGUGAUUUCUGUGGAUCCCAGGCUGUUUCCCAGGAAUCUGUGAUUGAGUUAAGUCCAGCCUCCAAUCGUUGACUUGGGGGGUUGACCUGAACUUGAAAGCUGGAUGUCUCUGACCUAGGGUCAUGACUGUCUCCAGGUGAACUCUUUGCUCUUGUUGGGGAUGGGAUUUCAUGUGGGGAGUGGGCUGGGAAAACCGAGGGUUCUGGAAUAACACAUUCCACAGGAGUUUCCUUGCGUCUGCUGCCACCCCUCUCCCCGCCCCUCUAACCUCCUUCUGCUGAAUGGGGCAGUGCCACCGACUCUUCUGAGCAGCGUCAGCACAGCUGUCCAGUUCCUGAACUACUGCCUUUUGAUUUUCAUUUUGGCUAACCGUGGAUUUUCUUAUAGGAAGUUUGAUCAGAGUGAAUCGAAUAUUGAGAAUCAGCCUCUGGGCCUUGGUGAUUUCCAGGUCCCUCGAGCUGGCAGAAGGAAGUAGUCCUGCCAUCAAGGUGCUUGAGAGGCAGUGACUCAGUUUACCUGCCACCUGGCCACGCGGAGGCUUCCCUGACCUCGUGCAGGGAUCCAGGCAAGAGUGGCUGAAUGCAGACCAGAAACUAUUGUCCAAGUCUUUCCAGAGGACUUUCUUAAUGAGAUAUUUGUAUUUAUUUCCAGACCAAUAAAUUUGUAACUUUGCAGUG